CUUGCUAUCAUCAUGGCGGAUUUACAGUACCACAAGCCGGACGAGAGAAAAAUCCAGGCCUUGAAGGACCUGGCGAACAAGCUACGGAUCGAUUCCAUUGAAAUGACCAAUGCUAGCAACUCAGGGCACCCUACAUCAUGUUGCUCCAUGGCCGAGCUUAUGUCAGUCUUGUUUUUCUCGGAGAUGAGGUACACAACAGAAAAACCUAGGGAUGUCAGUUCAGACAGAUUAGUCCUCUCCAAGGGACAUGCUGCUCCAAUUUUGUACGCUGCUUGGGCCGAGGCGGGUCUUUUCCCUGUCAAAGAGUGCUUGAAUCUAAGAAAAUAUGGAAAUGACCUGGAGGGACAUCCAACUCCUCGUCUGAACUUUGUCGAUGUAGCCACUGGCUCACUUGGUCAGGGUGUUAGCUGUGCAGCUGGCAUGGCCUACACUGGCAAAUAUUUUGACAAGGCGAGCUAUCGUGUGUAUUGCAUCAUUGGUGAUGGUGAGAGCGCUGAGGGUUCCGUCUGGGAGGCUCUGGCAUUUGCCAGCUUUUAUAAGCUGGAUAACUUCGUUGCCAUCAUUGAUUGUAACCGUCUUGGACAGAGUCAGCCGACUGCACUGCAACAUGACAUGGAUAUCUAUAGGAAGAGAGUGGAGGCAUUUGGAUGUUACGCUAUUGUUCUUGAUGGUCAUGAUGUGGAGGCUUUGUCUAAAGCAUUCCAUGAUGCCAAGACGGUGAAAGGACAACCCACUUGCAUUAUUGCCAAGACUUUCAAGGGCAAGGGAAUCCCUGGUAUUGAAGAUGAGUUAAACUGGCAUGGCAAGCCGUUGGGUGCAAAGGGAGCAGACGCCAUAGCAGCCAUCAAGUCACAGAUUGUAAACGAUGAGAACGGUGCCAAACACAUCAACUCUAAUUACAUAAGUGACUGCCCUGAGAACUCGACUGAUGCAGUCAGACUUUCAGAAGCACCUAAAUACACACUCGGACAGGCUGUGGCUACGCGACAAGCCUAUGGUGCGGCGCUUGCCAAGUUUGGAAAUGAUCCAAGAGUGAUAGCACUUGAUGGGGAUGUUAAGAACUCCACAUUUUCCGACAAGCUCAGGAACGCUCAUUCUGAGAGGUUCGUUGAGUGCUUCAUUGCGGAACAAAAUCUGGUUGGUGUUGCCAUUGGUUGUGGCACCAGAGAUCGAACCAUUCCAUUCGUCAGUACUUUCGCUGCUUUCUUUAGCAGAGCAUACGAUCAGAUCCGCAUGGGAGCUAUCUCACAGACCAACGUCAACUUCUGCGGUUCGCAUGCUGGUAUUUCAAUCGGUAGUGAUGGUCCAUCUCAGAUGGCCUUGGAGGAUAUUGCCAUGUUCCGUGCCAUCCCAGGUGCCACCGUAUUCUACCCGUCAGAUGGUGUCUCGUGUGAGCGUGCUGUGGAGCUCGCUGCCAACACCAAAGGGAUCUGCUUCAUCAGGACGAGUCGACCAAAUACUCCUGUAAUCUAUGCAAAUGAUGAGGUCUUUGAGGUCGGAAAAGCAAAGGUAGUUCGCCAGAGUGCCAAAGAUAAGGUGACAGUGAUUGGGAGCUGUGUGACCCUUGCUGAGGCCCUGAAGGCUGCCGAUCGACUUGAUCAGGAGGAGACGCCUAUCAGGGUCAUUGAUCCCUUUACCAUCAAGCCCAUUGAUGCUGGUACCAUCAUUGCAAAUGCUAAGGCGACUGGCGGCCGCAUCUUGACCGUUGAGGACCAUUACCCCGAGGGAGGUAUCGGGGAGGCUGUCGCCAGCGCCGUGGCUGAAGAGAGUGGCAUUGUUGUAAAACGCCUGGCUGUACGUGAAGUCCCUCGCAGUGGAGAGGGAAUGGAGCUUAUGGCCAAAUUUGGCAUCGAUUCUGAGGCGAUUGUGAAAGCAGUUCGUGAGAUGUUGAAAUAGAAUUCUACAUGGCAAAGCAGUUUUCAUAGUAUAUGAUGUCUAUAUACCGUAUACAUGUAUACUGUUACAUCUACAUCUACAUGUACAUGUAGGUAGGUUACAUGUAUGUAGGUGGUGUCCGUGGACUGAAAGAACCAGUUUGCAUAAAUGGAGAUCAUGCUACAAAUUUAUGUCUUUGUUGAUUGUCUCUUCUAGGUUUUUAGCAAAAUCAUGCCUUGUACUAUCAUGGACUUAACUGUUUAGAAAUAAUGUAUAUGAAAGAAAUUAGCUGAUAGCCAAUUCAAAGAGUUUCUAACACAACACACAUGUAGUCAUUGUGUACCUCAUGCUCAGUUUACUAGCAGACAGACAAAGCACUGUUAUUAUCAUGCAUAUCAAAUGUCAUACCAGAUGUUAUCGAAUACUCACAUUUCUACAUUCACUCCAGGUGUUGUCUGUUCAUGUUAUUCCAUCACGAAAGAACUGAUGGUUUCUCAAUUUCUUCCAAGAUGUCUGUCGGUGACAAUCUUUUCUUCACUCUUUAACAACCAAGGAAGUUGUCAUGGUGCCUGUCUACAUUCUGUAUUAUGUCCCAGUUAACUCUUGUAUAUUCACUGUUGUAGUCCUCCCAGCAGAUAUGUGCUAAUUCUGUAAGCUUGGUGAUGGUUGUUAUAAUUUUGUCAGUGACAAUAAAAUUUCAUUAGGUAAAAA